AGUUUGCUUGGGAACAGUAUCCCCAUUGAUUCACCAAUCACAUAGCACAUCACCCGAAACAUAAUCCAAAAAUCAAACCCUAAGUACUUAGCUCACUGCAUCCGACCACACCCAUGCACUAAAUUCCAAUUAAAGAACGCGAAAAGGACUAUCUGAAAGCGGGGUUCCAAGGAGAGGAUGAUACGAUGAAGAAGUUAUUCCACAAGUCCGACGGGAGGAGUUCCGACAGGAGGAGUUCCGACCGGAAAUCCUUCAAGCCCGAUGAAAGUGUCAACCUGGACAUGCUCAUCGGCAAGCUGAAGCUGGCGGCGGACUUCGCCUCCAUGGCCCAGCUGACCACCCGGGAGAUCGAGACGGUCUGCUCCCUGGCCAGGCAGCUCUUCCUGGACGAGCCCUGCCUGCUCGAGCUCCGGGCGCCGAUCAAUCUGCUGGGCGACAUCCACGGGCAGUACGCCAACCUGCUGCGCUACUUCAACUCGAACGGGUAUCCGCCGGACACCGCGUACCUGAUGCUCGGCGACUACGUGGAUAGGGGGAAGCAGUCCAUCGAAACCCUGACCCUGCUCCUGGCCCUGAAGGUGAAGUACCCGCACAGGUUCUUCCUGCUGCGAGGCAACCACGAGAGCGCCAGCCUGAAUCAGUUCUACGGGUUCUACGACGAGUGCAAGCGGCGCUACACGGUGAAGAUGUGGCGCACCUUCGUCGACUGCUACAACUGCAUGCCCCUGGCGGCGGUCAUCGAGAACAACAUCUUCUGUUGUCACGGCGGCCUCAGUCCCCACCUGUUCAGCUUGGACCAGAUCCGGGAGAUAAAGAGACCCAUCGAUGUGCCCGACUCGGGGGUCGUCUGCGACAUCCUCUGGUCGGAUCCGGACGUCAGGGUUAUCGGUUGGGGGCAAAACGAGCGGGGCGUCAGCUACACCUUCGGCUCGGAUGUGGUCAGCUCGUUUCUGCAUCGCUUCGGGUUCACCCUCGUCUGUCGGGGUCACCAGGUGGUGGAGGACGGGUACGAGUUUUUCGCCAAGCGUCAGCUGGUCACCAUCUUCUCGGCCCCCAACUACUGCGGCGAGUUCGACAACGCCGGGGCGAUGAUGUGCGUGGACGAGGACCUGCUCUGCACUUUCCGCAUCCAGAGGCCGGUAGCGAAGGCGUUCGUCAAGAUGAAGGGCUUUUGAGGGGCAGGCUUUUGUAGACAUUGGUAUAUGUGGCGUUUUAGGACUUUAAAUUAUAAGUAGUGUCUCUUUUUUACAAAUUUGCCAAAUUCCCUGACCAACCACACUGCAAUUAAUUGUUAAUUUAUUGUAUUGGACAAGAAGAGAUUAUAUUUCAGUACUUUUUCGUUGCGUGUAGAAGGUGAUAUAUUAA